AUGUAUUUACGAGUCGGAAGCAAAUACCGCAUUAGACGCAAAAUAGGCAGCGGUGGCUUUGGUGAAGUUUAUAUUGGUAUUGUCUCUGGCGGGGAAGUUGCUAUCAAACUCGAGAGUACUACAGCCAAACACCACCAGCUGGAGCAUGAAACAGAUGUCUACAGGCUCCUAGCUGGUAGUGUAGGGAUCCCAAUGGUCCACUGGUUUGGCACUCAAUGUGGGUACAACGCGAUGGUUAUGGACCUCCUUGGACUCAGUCUGGAAAACCUGUUUAACUUCUGCAACUGGAAAUUCUCAUUAAAGACCGUGCUCCUUAUCGCCGAUCAAUUGAUUUCGCGCACUGAGCAUGUUCAUACAGAAUCCUUUAUCCACCGUGAUCUGAAACCGGAGAAUUUCCUCAUGGGUGUCAAGAGGCAUGGUAAUUUGGUUAACCUGGUAGAUUUUGGUCUGGCCAGGAGAUACCGCGACCCCAAGACAUACCAGCAUAUUCCCUACAUCCAGAACAGACAAUUUGCGGGCACCGUCCGUUACGCAAGUGUUUACGCCCACCUUGGUAGCAAGCAAUCCCGCCGUGAUGACAUGGAGUCCCUGGCGUAUAUCUUAGUAUACCUCUACCGCGGCGCACUCCCCUGGCAGGGCCUGAAGGCAGCCACUAAGCAACAAAAGCGUGGCCUUGUUCUGAGAAAGAAGCUAGGGACGUCCACGGAGGCUCUCUGCCGUAGGCUCCCUAAUGGGUUCUUAGAAUAUCUGAACUAUACGCGCUGUUUACGGUUCCACGACAAACCCGACUAUAAUUAUUUACGCAGAAUCUUCCGUGCUCUAUUUGUCCGCGAGUCCUUCCAAUACGAUCACGUCUUUGAUUGGACUGUCGCAAAGUACCAAAAGAACCCUUGUUUGAUUACGAAUGCCGGUAAUCAAAAGCAUGACCAGGACGACGACCACCAAGCGCUGGCCCAUCAUUACUUGCACUGCCAUUGACCACUGCGCCGGCAUAGGACGUGCCAUGAGGUGACUUAUAUAUCAAUGUUAUUAGAGGCGGAAGUUGUAU